GAACCACGACCUAAGAACAUCGCCGCCAUGCAAAACCCCAAAGAAGAUAUCGUGCCAGUCAUCCGCACCCUCACUUCCACCGUCUCCGCUCCCUCCCUCGCCCACACCAUAACCACCAACUUCACUCCAGACGCCUCCUUCCGCCAUCCACUUUGCUGCGUCGAGGUACGCCCAGGCUCCCGCGAGGACAUACUUGGCAUAUACGAAUGGUACCGCAUCAUGAGCCCAAAGACGAAGAGUGAGGUACUCAGUGUCAUCUAUGAUCCUGACCUGAACGUGCUUAUCAUAGAGGUGGUGCAGUACUUCCACCUCCGCUUCACGCCCUUCGAAGCUGCUCCCUCUCACCUUAUGAUCCGUCUCAGCCUCAUAGAAAAGGAAGGAAAGUAUUACAUAGCUCACCAAGAGGAUUUCUUCCACCCCACCGACAUCACCAAUCUCGUGAUACCCCCACUGACUCCACUGAUCAAAUUCGGGCUCGUCACGGCGGCCUUCGUCUCAAAUGUCAAUGCACGGAUUUUCCAGUUCCUUGGGCUGAGUGAGUCGCGUGAUGGCGGAGGGUUGCAAGGAAAAAUCGAAGAUGGGAUAGACGGCAGUGCAGCCAGAGAGGGAGAUGGGCAUACGGAGGACGGACGCGUGGGGUAGGAUGAAUAGUUACAAAUGGAAACGACGUAUUGAAACGAUACCAGGAUAAGCAGUAGUCAUAUCAGACUUCAUCCUUCACAUUGAAAUUUUCUCGACUGAUGCUGUAAUUUAGCUUUAUACCUUGGAUGAGUCGGGGAAAACGCAAUGAAUCGUUGAAAGAGG